AUGUGGUAUAAAAAAUAUCGAACUAAAUCUAAUAAAUGUUCUUCAGACGCAACAGACACACAGUCGGUUGGGGAAGACACGUUAGUAGCUGGCGAGGCAGAGUUUCUGGCUCGAUUCCCUCGAGGGUCCCUGAGACCGCUGCCCACCAGGGCGACCUUGGAACACCGCUGCAAACAGUUUGCUCACGAACUCGACUUAUUAAAAGGUAAAAAAAUCACACCGGAAUCAAUAAAAAGUCUAGUAACAGACAAUUCGCCGCAAAAAGUACGUCACCAAGUGUACAUGACAGAGAAACUAGCUCAUAUCAACAAUCUAUCGACAAUUCUAGAACAUUCCAACCUCACAGCGUUCAAGACUAGACGUCGGUCCGGCUUCCCUUGUUUUUACUGCAGGAGAAUAUACGAAAACUUCGACAUCCUCAGAGACCAUCAGUACAAAGAUAAAUGCAAGUCAAAUAUGAAGAAAAUUCUGUACAAAUCAGUGAUGGACAGACUAGUCGUUUACGUUCAUAUAAAUGAAAUCAAGUGCACGAUUUGUGACGAAACUUUAGCCAAUCUCAACGAACUAAAACAGCAUUUAACAAACAGACACAAUAAGAAGUUACAUUCGGAAUACGGCGAUAGAAUAAUACCGUUCAAGUUGACGAAGGGAAACGAAUACGAGUGCCAAACGUGUGGGUUUAAUUUCGAAACUUUCGGAGCGAUAGAGAGGCAUAUGAACGUGCAUUAUAGGAACUUCGUGUGUGACCAGUGCGGUGCUGGAUACGUGACCCAAAGUCGACUAAAAGUCCACCUAAAAUACUCGCACAUAAAAGGCGUAUUCCCAUGUGAAAUAUGCAGUAAAGUUUUCAAUACUCAGUACAAGCAUAAGUGUCACGUGGAUGCCGUUCACAAAAUGGUCAAAAAGAACAAAUGCCCCAAGUGUCCGGAACGUUUUACCGAUUAUUUCGACCGUCACCAACACAUGGUUGAGGCUCACGGGGAACAGCCAUUGCGAUACCGUUGUAAUGUCUGUGAUACGGUCUUCAAGAGACGAUAUGCCCUAUCGUUGCAUAUGAAAAGAAGGCAUUUGGAGGUCAAAGACAAAGAAUGUUCCUUGUGUAGUUAUAAGUGUCAUACGAUAGCUGAAUUGAAAGCUCACAUGAUCAAGCACAAUGGAGAAAGGACCUACGAGUGUAUGGUCUGUAAGAAGUCGUAUGCUAGGAAGAAAACUCUAAAAGAGCACAUGAGGAUACAUAAUAAUGAUCGGCGGUUCGUUUGCGUUGUGUGUGGACAAGCGUUUGUGCAGAACUGCAGUCUGAAAGGGCAUAUGAAGGCUCAUCACGCGGAUUACGUUAAUGGUUUACCACGGAGUUAGAUGAUUUUUGAUUUUUUAGGGUCAAUUAUUGCUUCCGUUUGAAUUAUUUUUCUAUGGAAAAGUGAUUUUAUUGUUGGUGGGAACGAUAAAGCAUUUGCAGAUGAAGUCAUUAAUAGAAAGAUCUGUUAUUGUAAGGCUGUUGUUUGUAAAGGAGAGAAUAGGGUGAAAUAUAUUUAAAAAGAAUUUAAGUACGAUGAAAAAAUACUCAUACUUAUUUAUAUAGUCAUAAUGUAUA